GCCGCGCUCGCAGCCCUGCGACACUCUUUGCGCGUGGGUUUGUACUUACUAACCCUAAAGGUUUCUGUCAUUCUGCCGUUUGUGCGCUUUUCUUCACACACCGUUCCUGUCAUUCCCCAGGACCUUGUCGACAACGCCUCGCCGCCAUGUCCGACUCAGGGUCCGACUUCGACGAGGGCGCAAGCUCUGACUUCAGGCCGCCUCAAAAAGUAGCAAAGGCAGCACCCAAGGCCAAAUCCGCACCGAAGAAGGCAGCAGCCGCCCCUAAGCCACGAGCGAAACCUGCAAGUACAACAGCAGCGAAAACAAAAGCGAAGGCAGCGCCAAAGAAGAAGGCCAAGGAUUUCUCAGACAAUGAGAACUCGGACGUCGAUAUGGAAGGCGCGAUAGACGAUGACGACGAUGACGAGUCAUUAUUAAAAGACACACCUCCAAAAGCGAAGAAGGCGGCAGCGCCCAAGAAGAGCAGCGGCAAGCCGCUCGCAGAUAUCGCGAACGAGAGCUUUGGUAUGGAUGGCGCUGAUGAGGCACCACCAUCUGCCAAGGGAAAGAAGGCUGCUGGCGGCGCAACUAGCAAGUACCAGAUGCUUUCGCAUCUGGAGCACAUCAUGAAGCGCCCGGACACAUAUAUCGGCUCCGUCGAGCGCACUACAGACAAGAUGUGGGUGUACAACUCGACGACUGAGAGCAUGGAGUUUCGCGACGUUUCCUACGUGCCUGGUCUUUACAAGAUAUUCGACGAGAUUUUGGUCAACGCUGCGGACAACAAGCAGAACGACAAGAACAUGAGUGAAAUCCGCGUUACUGUCGACCGAGAGACGGGCGAAGUCUCGAUCAAGAACGAUGGCAAAGGUAUUCCUGUUGAAAUUCACCAGCAACACGGCAUUUACGUCCCAGAGAUGAUCUUCGGUCAUCUCCUCACAUCCUCGAACUACGACGACGAUCAGCAGAAGGUCACCGGUGGUCGCAACGGUUACGGAGCCAAGCUCUGCAACGUCUUCUCUCGCGAAUUCACAAUCGAGACCGUCGACUCGAAACAGAAGAAGAAGUACAAGCAGACAUGGACAGAAAACAUGAGUAAGAUGGGCAAGGCCAAAAUCACAGACAUCAAGUCCGACGACUACACCAAAAUUACAUGGCGAGCCGAUUACAGCAAGUUCGGCAUGGACGGGAUCGACGAUGAUUUCGAGGCGCUGAUCAAGAGGAGGACACACGACAUGGCUGGCACACUUCGUGGAGUUAAGGUCUACCUCAAUGGCGACCGCGUAAAAGUCACCAGCUUUGCCAAGUACAUGGAGAUGUACACCAAGUCCAUCUCCAGGGAACAGGGCAAGUCUGAAGAUGGCGAGGAUCGCAAGGAAGUCAUCAUCACAGAUAAGCAUGAUCGUUGGGACAUCGGUUUUGCUGUCUCAGAUGGAUCUUUCAACCAGGUGUCGUUCGUCAACUCGAUCGCUACGACCUCUGGCGGUACUCACGUCAACUACAUUGCGGAUCAGAUCAUCGACAAGCUUAUGGCGAUCGUCAACAAGAAGAACAAGGCGGCUGUCAAGCUCAAGCCUGCACAGAUCAAGAACCACCUAUUUCUGUUCGUCAACUGUUCCAUCGUCAACCCAGCUUUCACAUCUCAGACUAAGGAGCAGUUGACUACAAAGGCAAGUCAAUUCGGCAGCAAGCCAGUGCUUAGCGAUAAGUUCCUCAAGGCGAUCGAGAAGACCGAAGUCAUCCAGAACAUCAUGCACUUUGCCCAACAGAAGGCAGACCAAUUGAUGAAGAAGACCGACGGCAACAAGCGCAAUCGUAUCAGUAACGCCAAGCUCACCGAUGCCAACAAGGCUGGAACGAGGGAUGGCCACUUGUGCACACUGAUCCUCACGGAAGGAGAGUCUGCCAGUGUACUGGCUUUGGCUGGCCGCGCUGUUGUCAACCAGGAUCUGUUUGGUGUCUUUCCGCUUCGCGGUAAGCUGCUCAACGUCCGAGAUGCUUCAAUGGAUCAGAUCAUGAAGAAUGCCGAGAUUCAGAACAUCAAGAAGUUUUUAGGUCUUCAGCACAAGAAGGAGUACACCAUGGCUGACAUGAAGAGCCUGCGAUAUGGGCAUCUGAUGAUCAUGACGGAUCAGGACCACGACGGUAGCCAUAUCAAGGGUCUGCUCAUCAACUUCCUUCAGUGCCAGUUCCCUAGCUUGCUGAAGCUUCCUGGCUUCUUGCUCGAGUUCAUCACUCCUAUCGUCAAGGUGUGGAAGGGAGAUCCAAAAAACCCCAGGAGUCUGAAGAGCUUCUUCUCCAUGCCUGAAUAUGAGGAGUGGAAGGAGCAACACAAGAACGAGAAAGGUUGGGAUCAUAAGUACUACAAGGGAUUGGGUACCAGCGACAUCAAGGAUGCCCAAGUCUACUUCAAGGACCUUGAUACCCACAUGAAGCGUUUUCACACCAUGCGCGCCGAGGAGGAGAAGCUCAUUGAAUUGGCUUUCUCGAAAAAGAAAGCUGAUGCUCGUAAGGAGUGGUUGCGCGACUUUGUCCCGGGCAACCACUUGGAUCUCACCACUAACGAGAUUACCUACGAUGACUUCGUCAACAAGGAGCUCAUUCUCUUCUCCAUGGCCGAUAACUUGCGUUCCAUCCCGUCAGUCAUUGACGGCUUCAAACCUGGUCAGCGAAAGGUUCUCUACACCUGUCUCAGACGCAACAUUCGCAAGGAUGUCAAGGUCGUCGAACUGGCUGGUUCCGUCUCUGGUUCCACUGACUACGCCCACGGUGAAACCUCGAUGCAGGGCACCAUUGUUGGUAUGGCACAGAACUUUGUUGGCUCCAACAACAUCAACGUCUUGGAGCCAAGUGGCAACUUUGGUUCUCGUCUGCAAGGUGGUGGCGAUGCUGCCAGCGCUCGUUACAUCUACACUCGUUUGUCACCUUUUGCACGCAAGAUCUUCCAUGCUCAAGAUGAUGCUCUUUUGAAGUAUGGAGAAUCCGAUGGUCACAAGAUCGAGCCUGAGAUGUACAUUCCAGUCUUGCCUAUGAUUCUCGUCAACGGAUCGAGCGGUAUCGGUACUGGUUGGAGUUCCGAAAUCCCCAACUUCAACCCUCUGCACAUCGUCGACAACAUCAGACUCCGCAUGGCAGACGGCGGGUCGAAGGAAGACAUGAAACCUAUGGUCCCUUGGUACAAGGGCUUCACUGGAACGACUGACGACCUCGGUGGUGACAAGUUCCGCUUUACAGGCACGGUUCGUCAAGUCGGCAACGACAUCGAGGUCACCGAGCUCCCUGUCCGCUACUGGACACAAGACUUCAAGGAGAAGCUCGAAGACAUCAUCAAGGCUGAAAAGACUCCAUCCAUCAUCAAAGAUUACAUCGACUACAACACUCCCGACAAGGUUCACGUUAUCAUCAAGAUGGAGGAGAAGCACAUGGCUAACGCUUUGCUGAAGGGUCUUGAGGAGACCUUCAAGCUCUACAAACAGCAGUCUUGCUCCAACUUGGUUGCUUUCGAUGCUCAGGGCCGCAUCCACAAGUACGCUACUCCGCUGGACAUCAUCGAAGAGUUUUACCACGUUCGUCUGCGAUACUACGAGAAGCGUAAAGCUCAUCAGCUUGAUGUCUUGCAGAAGGAGCUCACCAAGAUGAGCAACCAGGCCAAGUUUAUCAAAAUGAUCAUCGACGGCAAGCUUAUUGUUUCGAAGAAGAAGAAAGCUGUCCUUGUUCAGGAGCUGAAGAAGCUCGGCUUCACACCCUUUCCUAAGGUUGACGAUGCCAAGAAGAACGGCGAAGUCGAGGAUGCUCAGGAGGACGAAGAAGAGUCUGAGGAUGGCGAUGCUGCCGUCAACGCCAACGACUACGACUAUCUGUUAGGCAUGGCCAUUUGGUCCCUGACCCAGGAGCGCGUCGAGAAGCUCAUGAAGCAGAUCGGCGAUAAAGAGGACGAGAUCGAUGCACUUAUCAAGCUCAUGCCGAAGGAUCUCUGGAACAUCGAUCUUGAGGCUUUUGUCGAAGAGUGGGACUUACAGCUCGUCGAAGAGGCUGAGCGUGCAAAGAAGAUCCAGCGCAUGGGUCGCCGCGCCUCUCAUAAGCUUGGCAUCGGUGCGUCCAAGGGCGGCAAGGCCAAAAAAAAGAGGAAGAUGGGUGACAGUGACUCGGACGACGACUCUGGCUCUGACUUUGGUCCUUCUAAGAAGAAGACCAAGCCGAAGAAGGACGGCCUACUCAGCUACCUGCGCGAGGCAGAUGCACCAUCGAAGGAGCCAUCUCCCGCACUCCCCGCAAAGUCGACAUUCGGUUCGAAAGCCCCACAGAAGUCGAUGCAAACUAAUCUGCUUUCGCAUCUUAAGACUGAUGUCAAAAAGGAAUCGCCUCCCCAGACCGACGGGCCAUCAAGUCCCGCUGAGCCAGAUCCUGCACCGCCCUCGAAACCUGUCGCUAAACCCAGCGGUCGCUCUACUGCGGCGAAGAAGCCCACUCCUGUUAUCUCUGACGAUGACGAUGAGUCUGAUGUCUUCGCUGUUGUUGGCAAGGAGGAAUCUAGAAAGCCCGCACUUGCGCCCAAGACCAAUGGCCGGGCUCCUCGCGCUGCAGCGGCGAAACCAGUCUCGAAGUACAGUGUGGACACCGACUCUGAUGGCGAUGAUGACCUCGGCGAUGUUAGCACCAUGGUCAAGUCCAUUGGUGGCACAACCAACGGUGUUCCCCUAUUCAAGACCUCCACACGCCCCGGUAGCAGCUCAGGCAUGCCCAAGGUCGCCAAGAAAGCCAGUCCUUCCGUUAUUGACAUCGACGAGGGUGACACAACCAACUACGAAGCACUGAUGCCUGUCGCGUCGCCUAGAAAGCCCGCGCCACGCAACGUGAACGACACGAUGCUGUCAGAUUCGGAAGACGACUUCAGCCUUGUCAAGUCUAAGCCUGCGGCGUCUAAGCUCACCAAAGCCACCGCUAAAGCCAAGUCUGCACCGAAGGCAAAGGCUCUUACAGCUGCUGUCACUAAAAAGAGCAUUGCUCUGAGCCCAGCAGCAAAGGCCUACGCCAAGCGACUGGAUAAGCUGGACAGCUCUGCCGGUGCACCGAAGCCAAAGGCUGCGCCUGCGAAGAAGCCCGCAGUCAUCGAGUCGGAUGAGGAGAUGGAAGAUGCUGAUACCUUGGCCAACGAGAUCUUAUCUGACGACGAUGACGAGCCAACACCCAAACCCAAGGCUACGAGCCGCGCUCCCGCUGCUCGUCCCGGACGAAGGGCCGCUGCUAAGCCGGCGAAGUAUGUGGUCAGUGAUGACGACGAUGAAGAUGAGGCAAGCGAGGCAAGCUUUGACGAUGACAGCGAGUAGACGUUGAACAUACGGACAUUGGGAGGUGCACAGGAUGCUGGUGCUUGAGCGGAGUACCCGGUGGCGUUUUGACUAUGAUGGCUCUCCAUCACUUCCCUUACUUUCAGUCAUGUGUAUAAUGGACGUUCCAAUGGAACAAGCGGCGUUGAAAUUUUCUUUCAAGCAGUAUAUUUACGUCUAUAUCUCACAUCGAGAUGCAA